GCAUGCGCGAACGGAACCCAACGUCACAGAGGCAGGAGCCAGGAGCCGCUCGGUGAAGAGUUCGGGACCUGUUGUAUUUUUCUCCCACGCAAAAAAAUAACAAUUUGUCCGUUCCUGUUCACGAUGUCGGGGCUUGACAGCAACCCGUUCGCUGACCCGGUGGACGUGAACCCCUUCCAGGAUGCCUCAGUCACACAAGCUAUCGGAGGGGUCCAUGAAAGCACGGGAGAGUAUAACCCGUUCACCGCAAAUGAAAUGGGAAAGUUCACUGGAACGACCAUCCCAGUCUCUAAAGCCUCCUCAUCCCAACCUGCUGUACUUCCGACUUCUGUGGAGCAAAGUCCACAAGCGACGGCAGCAGCUGCUCAGGCUAAUCUGGUCAAGCAGCAGGAGGAGCUGGAGAGGAAAGCUGCAGAGCUGGAGCGAAAGGAGCAGGAGAUGCAGAACAGGAGCAGCAGAGACUCCAACCCAGGAGCUAAAGAAAACAACUGGCCGCCUCUUCCAAGGUUCUUUCCCAUAAAGCCGUGCUUCUAUCAGAACUUUGAGGAGGAUAUCCCAGAAGACUACCGCAGAAUAUGCAAGAGAAUGUACUACCUCUGGAUGUUCCAUAGCGCCACCCUGUUCCUCAACAUCCUGGCUUGCCUGGCUUACUUCACCGCUGACGCUGCUAAAGGUGUGGACUUCGGUCUGUCCAUCCUGUGGUUCAUCCUCUUCACCCCUGUGUCUUUCGUCUGCUGGUACAGGCCGGUUUACAAAGCCUUCAGGUCUGACAGCUCCUUCAGCUUCUUUUUCUUUUUUUUUGUUUUCUUCUUCCAAGUGGCAGUGUACAUUAUCCAGUCAGUGGGCAUUCCCUCAUGGGGAAACAGUGGAUGGAUCUCAUCAAUUAGCAUGAUUCGUUCCAACUUGGCAGUUGCCGUGGUUAUGAUGGUAGUGGCUGGUUUUUUCACCGUCAACGCUGUGUUGGGCGUCAUCCUGCUGAAAAUGGUCCACUCCAAGUACAGAAAUACAAGCGCGAGCUUCUCCAAGGCUCAGCAGGAGUUUUCCCAGGGAGUUCUGACCAACCGCACCUUCCAGAGCGCCGCCGCUAGUGCUGCCACCUCUGCUGCCCAGGGGGCCUUCAGCAGUAACCAAGGGAAUUAAACUGCUCCAGAAAAAUACCUGGAGGACUUGGGCUAGUAUUUUCUAACCAGCAAGCCGUGACUAAACAGUAAGAUUAGUUGUAUGGAACUGACUUUGAUCAUUUUACAGAAAUUUGCCAAAAGAACAAUCAGAAACUCACAAAAUGGCAUUAUAACGUGUAUAAAUUCUGUAUCUCAAACACAGCUAAAACAAGAAUGUUGACGCAAGCAUGCCUUGAACAUGGCCUGGUAGUUUUGACAUUUGAGACUGCCUUUUAUCAGUGUGCAAUAUGUUGGAAUGUGCAACCAUCUGAAGCUUGUUUAAAACAAAUUAGCCAAACCAAAACGAGGUCUUAAGAACAAAUCUGAUAUUAGUGUAUGAUUAUUAAUGAAUUGAGCUUCUUCAUAUAGCAUCCAGACCCCAUCCACCUUAUUCCUAGCCCCCAUUAGGCUUUGCGUGAUUUAUGGGCGCGACUUCCGCUGUAAACUGGAACCGCCAUUUAUUUACAUAUUCGUCAGAGCUUUUCGGCUAUAAAAUAUGUGGGAACAUCAACUAUCACAGCUUAAAUGUGGCAAUAUUGUUUUACCGCUGCCUACAGCUAUUUCGGGGAGGGAUGGCGACUUGAAGAAAUAGCCGCAAAUAACCCGCACUAUCAUAUUUAGCUACUUCACUGACUCGGUUGCUUCGGAGGUGCUGGUUUUCUUCCGUUGGCUUUUUGUUCACACAAUGAAAUGUGCACAAAUAUCGCAUAUUGGAGUCUCUCUUCAAGUUUAGAAUUUUUAGCCAAAUUAUUUUUGUUUGAUUAGCUGUCUGUAGGUGGUGACAACUACCGCUUAUCACAGAAACUCUGCCUUUUUGUUUCGGGAGCCCGUUCAAAACACAUAUGCUGCUGCAGCCACAAUCUGAACGUGGUCUGAUUAUUAAGAGUACAGCCACGAACAGCACAAGGGCAUCUUACGACACUUUCCAGUGGCAGGUUUCUCUCUAUAACAGGGUAAUGUGUGAUUCGGUUCGGUUCUAGUCCAGUAGGGAAAGAUUAUCCGUAUUAUGGUCUGGAGCGCAGCAGCUGCAGUCAUUUCUCCGCUGAUUUGCAGCGUCACUCAGCAACGGAGAACCUCGAGGUUCUGGUUCUGAUAGACUAAAUAAACCCAGAUAUUUUAUUUUAUCUUACAGAAAUUUAUUGCUGGCCCAAACAUAAUGAUAAAACACACUCGCUGCAGCCACUUCAUUAACUUUAUUAUUUUUUUAAAUUUAAAUAAAAAAUUAAAUUCACAUCACACCAAGCUGAUAUUAUGUAGUUCUGCUGUUUGAUACUGUCGGCACAAACCUACAGCUCAGAAGUUCUCUGCUUUUCUCUUCUUUAUUACUGUCAGCUCUUCAGAGAAACAAGCUGCUAGCAGCGCUGUUAAUUUGCGGUCAUUCCUUUACGAAAUUUAACGCUGUGUUCCUGUCGCUCCCCGUGAUUAAACUCACAAUCACGAUCUUCUGUACUGAGCAGUUCUCUGAUAGAAGACAGUGUCCUUAAACAAGUUUUACUAAAUAUUGUACAAUAACCGAAAAGAAAUAUAUAUUCUAUCAUGAAUAUAGAUUAGCCAAAAACCCUACAAAUUACUAUGAAAUACUACUGCUUCCGGUGGGCGCCGGAAGUAAGACACAUAAUUGUUUCCCCAGUAAGCCUCCCAGGAAUAAGGUGGAAAAAGCAGCCCGAGUAUCAUUCUGAUCAGAGCGUUAGUACUUACAGCAAACUAUGUACCAAGUUUUUUGUUGUUGUUGAUUUUCUGUUACUGUUUUUCUGCUCUCUAAAUUUGGUGUUUUUUUGUUGUUGUUGUUGUUUUGUCUUUUAUAUAUGACAUGUACAUGAGCUGAUUACUAAUGAAGGUGAUGGGAUGAAGGUUUGUCUUUGUUUGCUUUUAAUCGGCUUACUGAGUUUUGAUGGAAUUGUCUAAAAGGGCAAAUGAAGAUGUGAUUUUUGAGGGGGCUGCUAAGUUUUUAUUCAAUAUUUACUUGUGAAGGAAAUGUCUGUUUUCACUCAUAACUGAGCCUUCCUAUAAUUACAAAGUAAUGCAUUCAGGUUUGGUGCAAAAUUACUGGUAAAUACUAGAUGGUCUGAAAAACAGAAUAUUUACGAGGGACAUAGUAAAUGUUAACAAGUUACGUCAUGGUUACUAGGAUUUAUAAGACUGGGCAUGUAAUUGUAUAUAAAGCUCAUGACUUCUAUAUUUAUGGUAUCAUGUUUGUGUCUUUUUAACUAAUUUCAAAACUUUUUAAUAUGAUUGUAUGUCUGUGGAAGGAUUGUAUUGUAGUUUCCUGUUAUGAUCAAAAUGUUGUACAUAUGUUUAUUUAAACUAUAUUUACUGGAUGGGCAUGUGUUGGAAAAUAGUUGUGUUUGAACAAGCAAUAAACAUUGAUUUAAACUAAA